GAUUCAUUGAAAAGUUGUAUUGCUUGUCAGACACUAAUGUUGCUUGUCAUAAUAUUUUUGUGUGGGGGCAACUACUUUCAAAAAAUCUAGAAUGUGAUAGGCCUUUUUGGAUAAGAAUUCUUUGUGUGUUUUAAGGGGCAUGGGUUUGGUAAAUUUAGGGAUUAUUUGUUUGUUUUUGUAAUAACUUUUCCAGGUACAGUCUUAAUAAUGGAGGAGUUUGUGGCUGGAAUUUUUUGUCGAGGUGACUCUGAUGGAAAGAAGCUGGUUUGCGAGAGCUGCAAUACUGUGUUAACGUUUUUCAAAAGAAAGAGGGUGUGCUGCGUCUGCCAGCAACACUUCUGCCGGGACUGCCUCUCCUCGAACGGCAGUGGAAACGGCAACAACGGCAGCACGACGUCGCUGAUCGGUCGCCUGGCGGACAAGAAGCUGAAGUGUGCAACGUGCAUGGUCAUGACUGCCCGGCCGCUGGACAGGGAGCAGCUCAUGCAGCAGCGCAUCAGGGACUUGAGACGAUACCUGAGCUCCCUGAAUGUCUCCACGACUGGUUGCGUGGAGAAGAAAGAGCUGGUGGACUUGCUGAUACGACACGUGGCCCUGACGAGCUACAGGGAGUCUGCGCAGCACAGGCCCCAGCCCCAGCCACAGCCACAGCCCCAGCCCCAGCCCCAGCCCCAGCCCCAGCCCCAGCAGGCUCCCGCCUCCAACUACACCCCCUCGCCAGCCCCCCCGCCCAGCGUCGCUCCAGAGCCGGAGCCAGAGUACGACGUGUCCUCCCCGCCGGACUCCGAGGCGGAUGGCUUCGUCAGCAGGAGGAACCCCGAGUCUGUGGACAUCGUGGAGGUGCCCGAGGGCUCCAGCGACGGGACGCUGUCUGACUCUGGGGUCGAGCCCCUGGUGACGGAGGAGGAGGAGGACGAUGCUGGUGAAGUUCGCACCAGUCAGAUAUUUGUGGUUGUGGAGGAACCGGGCCGGACGCCGGACAACAUGUCCAUCGAGGAAGAGGAGGGCUUCACAGAACCACCUCAGGAUGGGGGAGAGUACGUGGAAGUACCGAUGCAGCGUAACGCAGUGUCUCUGAAUGACAUCAGCUCCCUCUCGGAGCUCGAGAACAUGCCCGUGAAGAGCCUGAAGGAGCUGCUGCUUCGCAACAGAGUCGACUUCCGCGGCUGCUGCGAGAAGGCAGAGCUGUUGGAGAGAGCUUCCAGACUGUGGAAUGACAACGCAAAAGCAAGAGAGAGCAUGUCGACCAAACAGUGGUUUGGUUUGCCGGGCGCAGGCAUCAGCAACCUGCCGAUGGACGAGCUGUGCAAGGUGUGCAUGGAUGCACCCGUGGAGUGCGUGAUGCUGGAGUGCGGCCACAUGGCCACGUGCACGGACUGCGGCAAGCAGCUCAGCGAGUGCCCCAUCUGCCGGCAGUACGUCGUGAGGAUCGUGCGCACCUUCAGGGCCUGACUCGCUUCCCGCCAGGUGCUCGUGCGCCUCGUGUUCUCCUUGUGAGCACGAGUCACAUCUGCUCAUUUUCCUGGCCAGUUAACACAAGAUUGCUGUCGGAAAAUACAGGCAAGAUAAUGAAACAAGUUCUUGCAGUUCCUUCCUGGAGCAGGCUUUGUUGCAUACUUACUGGAAAAUAAUGCCUGCAAAAGAUGCAUUUCAACUUACGAGACUCAAUAUCAUUAUGUACAUACUUCCGUAAAUAAUUAUUUAAAAGAAAAUUUGUUUGGCUAUGUGAAUUUUUCUUAGUUGUUAUAUGUAAAUAAACAGCAUACACAAUAAUAUAAUUUACAUUAACAUCAAGGCAUGGAAAGUCAGGGUUGCCACACAAAAUCACAAAUGGAAUUCUCUAGGCCUGUGCGAACACCAGUUUUUCAAUGCGAAGCGAAGUGCGAAGCGAAUACUCACUAUUCGUGCGAAGCCAAAUCGAAUAGUAAAUAAUUUUUUCUGCUGUAAUUUUAAAUAUUGAAUUUCGUUACUCUAAAAAAAUUUUAACUGCACAUAUGUAGUUAAACAAGUGAACACAAAAUGCAAGUUACAUUUUAAUUGGUAAUUUUAUUAAAAUUAGUAAUAGAUUCAAUAUACAUACUGACUAUUCACAAAUCCACAUAUUGCUACUUUAAGUAAAGGUAAUACUGUAUUGCUUUUGCUUAUAAAAAUUACUGAAUGGAAAUUACAGAUUCUUAAGCAGCAUUGAGUAUAAGAAUAAUAUAAGAAGCCAACAUAAUCCUCUAAAAUGUUUUUCACUUCCAAACUAAACAAUACAACUGAAAAUUUCAAUGUACUAAUUUCUCAUUGCAAUUUAUAGUGAAACACAUGUACCUAACCUCAUUACUUUUUGUAUAUUAGGAAUAAAAUUUAAGUAGCAUAAAUAAAUAACACUCAAAUGGAACAAUAAUAAAUUCAUUUGUAGCCUUGCAGUUGCAAUUUAACAAUUAAAAAAAAUACAUUACAAAAAAUUAUAGCAGUACAUUACUCUGCUAAUAGUUUUACAUUGCCAAAAUACACACGAGUAUAUAUUUUUUAAGGACAUUACACAGUUUUCUUAUGCUUCAAAUUAUCAUGUAAAAAUACUAGCUGUUCCAUAUGUUCGGGCAAGAGACUUUCCCUACGGCUGCUGACCUCAUUUCCUGCAGAAGAAAAAAGUCUCUCUGACGAUACCUGAGUUGCAGCAAUACCCAGGUAUUUAACAGCAAUCUGUGCUAGGUGAGGAUAUUUGUUUCUGCCUUCAAUUUUCCACCAGUGAAGGGAAUCGUCACCCCUGUUAAGACGUGGUUCUUUGAGGUAUUUUCUCACUUCCUCCGAUUCAUCUAUGUCCACUUGAUGAGUAAUAGAAUCCAGGAUACACCACAAACUUGAUGCUGGACUUUGAGAGGAUGUAGGUACAUCUUGAAGUAACUUAUUUUCUUUUGGCAAUAGUCUGAGUGCAGAAAUCAAUGUAGCCUGUGCUUCUGUGUCAGAAAUUAACACACCCUUGAACCUUGGAUCUAUUAGCAUUGAUAUGCGAUUCACUGACUCCAUAAUAAAAUUUUGGAAUCUGGAUUUCAAAAAUGUUAUUAACGCUCUUGCAAAUGUUACACCAUCUUUCUUCUGGCGAAUAUGCAGCUCAAGGUUAGCCAACAAGCAGUGCAAAAUUGGGAUUACCAUUGAUGAUGUAGCAUAUUUUUCCCCACUCAUUUCAUCUGUGGCCUCUGCAAGUGGUUUUAAAAUCUCAACAAUACCUUCUGCUUGCUUCCAUUCUGACACAGAGAGCAUUUCUGUACUGUUUGAAUCUGCAUGUUCGGCCACCAUAGCAGGUCUUAUCUGAAUCAGCCGCUUCAGCAUAGCAAACUCAGAAUUCCAACGUGUGUCCACAUUUUGGAUAACCUUCAGUUUUUGUAUGCUCAUCUGUUCUUGAAGUUUGUGCAGUCGUUUCCUUGCAGAACUACCUACUGCAUCGGUAAUGACCAACAAAAGCUCUUGCUUUGGAAAGGAGUGUUUGUGUACCUGCACAUUCCUUCUUUGCAUCUUCAAUGGCUAAUUGAAGCAAAUGGGCAAAACAAUUUCGAGCAUUUUCAUGAAAUAGUGAAGAACAUGCUAAUUUAUAGUUUGCAGCAUUGUCAGUGAUGCAAAAAAUUGGUAUAGUGGCAUUUUCAACAGAAAUACCCCAGUCACAUAAAACUGACUAAAUGGUGUAGCAAUGUUGACACUUGUGUGAGAUUUCUGAACUACGAUAUUGCUCAUGGCAAAUGAAACCAGGAAAAAUCGGGCCAGAGGUAGUGGCACGUCAGACUGAUGUAACUGUCAUUGGAACGAGAAGUCCAGCCAUCUGAUGUUAAUGAUGGAAGGUCUGCAACAAGCAUUGACUGAAGUGCCUGUUUAGUUUCUUCGUAGAGGGCCGGGACAUAAUUUUCGGAAAAUGUGGUCCGAGAAGGUACUUGGUAAGUUGGUGCUACAUGCCGGUUCGCCAUCAGUUCUUUGAAACCUUUACCUUCUACGAAAUCGUAUGGCAACAGCUCUGUUGCCAACAUUUUUGUAAUUUGUUUCGUGAUGGACUGAGCUCUGGGGUCACUUGGUGGCAUUUUUGUGGAUUUCAUUAAUACUUGUGAAAUGGUCGGCUGCUGCAAGCUUGUUUUAGUAGCUUGUCCGGGAUUUGGUUUUACUGUUGAGGUCUCUUAUAAUACUGCAUGACAGCUUAGCAAUGGUGUAUGUCCAAAAGCUUACAUCAAGUCAUGCACUCCCAUUGCACAAAUCUUUCAAAGAUAAUAUAAUGCUGCAUAUUUAGCCUGCAAGUGAUUUUGCAAUGUAGUGGUUGUACCUGGAACUGAACCACAACAUAAAGGUACUUAUAUGUGUGGUGUGUGUGUUAACAAAUAAAUAAUAUAUAGAGAAAUUAUUUUCUAUAAAUUUUGUUAAUUAUUAUAUAUAGGUAUUAUAAAUAUAAUUGUUAUUAAAAUAAAGGCAUAGGUUGUUCAUGGUAGAUAGUUAAACUUUAAGACAUUAAUAAUAAAUAUGGACUUGCAUAAUUCGCUGCCAUUUUCACUAAGCAAAUAAAAGAAUACUCAAAUUGAAAUUAAAACAAACAAUGUUGUAAUGUUAUUCCAAUAUUGGUUUAAAAAUGCUCUUUACCAUUAAAAGCCUACAGUCUGGAUAGUCCAUCGAGUCUCAAACCUUCACCCAGCUUCCCCACAAACUCAGCUUGUUUUAUUUUAAUACAGGCCUACACGUCCCUUUUCCUAACCUCUAAAUUCAUUCAAAUUGUAAGUCAAUAAAUUGCCCAUACAUUAUUUCUCCUUUUGGAAUCAUUGUAUAAUAAAGGCAUUGGUUUGUAACUCCAGUCCAUCUCGGCGAAUUAUAUCCUAUGUACACGCGUUUCAAUUUCUCCUGACAUUGUUUACAAUAGGUUGGAGUAACUAAAAUGGGACAUUUAGCUUACAGUAAUUAAAACUGUAUAUUUCCAUCAAGUUUGAAUUAAUAAACUUUCGGUUUGGACAGUAAAUGGGCAUACAUAGGUGGUACAAUUUUUAUUUCAAACAAAUUUAGCAUCGCAAAGUAAUUUACCUCGUAGCGUUUUUAGUUUCACAUUACAGGAGUUUCAUUUCGGAACGUCGUCAUUCCCUUUCGUGAAAUAAUGCCGUACUUCACUCUUUCUUGUUUUGGGCGUAUUUUCUGAUUUUAAAUCAGACAUAAUCUCCGGUCCGCUAAUUACCAGUAUCUUUUCUUGGUUUUUAUAAACUUAACAAGCGCAGACCUCUCUCACAUUCUCAAAAACAAAAGUAAGUAUGAGCAAGUGUUAUUUACCGUUCAAAGAAACAAAGGAACAAAGAAACGAUUGUGUCAAGAAGCAAUAUCAAUUAUUACAAAGUAAGGAUCGAUUGUCGACUCACGCACGCUAUUAGUCGAUACGUAGUGGUUCGGCUACGAAUUAUUCUAAACAUGCGAAUAUUUAAAAUGUAUUCAAAUUGAAGUGAAUAUUAAAUUAUGAUUAGAAUCGAUUCACAUGUGCGAAGCUUCGCACAGGCCUAGAAUUCUCUGACUUUUCCAGGCUUUCCCUGAUCCGAUUAUGUUUUUUUCUGACCCUUAUUUUGCACUGUUACUCCUUAACAUGCCUUAAAUGUUUCCUGUAAAAAUAAUGUAUCAUUCUCGGUACAGUUGUAGACGUCUACCAGUUAUUUUUCCACACCAUAUUCUUGGUGCAGGAAUACUAUUAAAAGUUUCAAUACUGCCAUUAAAAAUCUUGAAGUAAAUUGUAAAUACACAUCCAUACAGAUAUUAGGCAGAAAAUAUUUUAUUUAUGGAGUAACUGUGAACAAUAUGUUUACCUUGAAGAGGGUAAAAAAAUGGUCAUGAAUGAAAAGUAAUAAGUACCUUGCUGACUGAAGAUGUUUUGUUAAUCAGUUUCCGAAAGCUACUAAAAACAAUUCUGCUCAUAACUAAGCUGUUUUAACCCCUUCCCCCUCCAUCCCUCCCUGCCUCCCAUGCCAUCAUUAAUUUGUUGCAAAAUUGUCUUCUUAGUUAAGUGUUUUAUUUCAGCACCAGUAUGCUGUCCAUUGUUGUAUUCAUAUUCGUGUGUAACAAAUAGUUUAUGUAAAUAUGAAAGAAAGUUAGUUAAGGGUAACUAGUGGCAAAUAUUUGUAAACUGAAGAUUUUUGUAAGAAUUGUCUUAAAUAUAUGAUAAAUACUAGUCCUCACAUUAAUGUAUAAAAAAUUUAAAAGCAAAAAGCAAAUAGUUAACGAAUAUACAUCAUAAAACAUUUUCAAAUUACUUUCAUAUUAGCUGUAUGUUACAAAGAUUUCGAUGAAAGUUUUAAUCAUUCAUGUGAGGCGCCCAUGUUUGUGCCAAGUAGUUUUGAAUUUACAGUCUUGGAAGUUUCACUCCAGUGUUCUGCAGCAGAUAAAUACUGAAUAUGUGUGUUUUUUAAAAUGAAAAUUAAGGGCUGUUGUGCAUGGGUUUAAAACGUUGUAAAGAUUUUAUCCCCGUACUACUUCUUGGUGGACAUCUUAUCCUUUAUUUUAAUUCCUGACUCAACAUUAAUAUCCUGUUAACCAGUUUUAUUUUUGAUGAUAUACAACUUUUCUUACAGUGUAGUGUGCAGUUAGUAAAAUUGAAUGUGCGACAAUCUUGAGUACGACACAUUGCCAGACGUUGUUUUAACUUUAAACUUUUGAAAUAUAUUCUUCCAAGUCAUAUUCCCAACACCUUUUUCCUCUUCUUAGUGGCUAUUUCUUGCAAUAGAACACAGUUAUGUAUUUACAAAGUAUAUCUGCUGUUUGUAUGGACCCUAAUACUGGAGUUUUUAUAUCAAAACUGUAAACCAGCUCAACAAAAAUUCACAACCUAUUUCAUUGCUUUGAUGAGUGUGUAUAGGUUUGAGUUGAACUAACCAAUUUCAAGCACUUGAAACAGACAUUUUCCAGACCCAUGCAUAUUCUCCUGUACAGCAGCCAAUGCUUAAUUAUUUGAGCAGUAAAAGGCUCAACAAACUCGAAACUUGUCCAAAUGAACAAGGUCUGUGACAGGAAGGACUCGUAUAUUGAUUGCAGUGAGCAUGAACGUGUGUGUUUGCAGCUUCCAGAUUAACUGGGCAAAUCGUUCGUGUUCCGUAGUGCUGCGAAGUGGCGGGUGCACUUACAAUUUCAGAUGUGUUAUUUUGUAAAAUAAAUGUUGCUGGUAUGCGAUUAUGGUGACUGCACUUGCCUGACUUUAGUUGAUGGAAUCUUUUGAACAUCAGGGUUGCUGGAAGUAUAGAAACCCAGGGAAAGUCUGGAAAAAUUAACAUGGUAGGAAACACCGGGAAAAGUAGGAAAAUCACAAAAUAAAAGACUGUGGAAUUUCUUGUUGUGAGAGAGCCUUUGCAGAGCAAUGCUCACAACAUCCAUUUUCAGUGGUUUGUUUUGUAGAUGAAUGGUAUAGGUUUUAUCUUUUAUUAUUAAAUUAUUGGUUUAUUUCAGUUGGCAAAUUUCCUUUAAAUAAAAGUUAUAUAUUUAGUAGUUUUUUUGCAAGAAAGUAGGAUGAUUUAUGAUUUUAAAUACUGGUACUACCCGAUAAUUUUUUUGUAGUUCUAAGUCUUCCAAAAAUAACUGUACCAGUGUAAAGACUUGCAGAAUUUCCCAUUGCGACAUAAACAAAGUAAGGUGUACGCCCAACUCGGUGUGAAAAGUCUGGAAAAUAAUUCCCUCUUAAGGUUUGCAAGACAAGUAAAAUAUUAGUAAUUGUCAGGAUUGAAAGAUUGUAGCAACCGUGGUCGGGGGGGAAUGAUGUGAAAAGGUCCUUGAGGAAAGUCUGAAUAGCUCGGUUGGAGUGUCUGCAUUAUGUAACACAGGCUGUAGCUCUUGGCUCAAAUUGUGGCCUGGUCAGGGCUCACAGCUUGUGGAAUAAAAUAUACUCCAGUGUUGUGGGAAUAAAUAUGACUUUGCAGUAGUUAUUCCUUAUGUAAUAUGGUUAUUAGGUUAUUACAUAUAGUCAUCUAUUUAGGAUACAGUACUUUAUGAAAAGCACAUUAUUGAAAGCACAUUCACAUAAUACAGGUUAAUUCAAAAUGAUGGGAAAAACUUAAAAGUUCUAGUCAAAUUUAACUUUGAUGGAAAACAGUUUUCUAUCAAAUUCAUGCAUAUAGUUGUGUUAAUACAUAAUUAAUAGGGAUGUGCGAAAGUGACUUCAUCCACACGAAAUGAAAGUGAAAGAAAAUUUAUCAAGUUUCGCGAAAGUGAAACGAAAAAUAAUUUUUCUAUGAGAUAAAUCUAUUCUUAACGAAAGUUAAGCGAAAUUUUUUAAUUAACAAAGAAAAAAAGUGCCCCAAAAUUUGCUCUUCAGUAAUAAAUUCUAUUACAUAAAUCAUUUUGGUGCCUUUUGAUGUAUCUAAAAAUGAAAAGUUCAUAAACUCAUGUUUGAUGACAUGCUAGCAGGAUACAAUAUAACCUCAAAUGUCAUUUGAAAUUUUCUACAGAUGACAAACCAAUAAAAUGCUUGUGUUACUCCAGUUUAAGGUUGAGAUGCACUAAAGCUACAUGAACUUGUUUCAGUUUUAAAAUUAGGCUUUUCUAAUUAUCCUAUCAUCUGUUCUGUUUUGGCAAAUCAUGCCUUCAAGUUUCGACUACUCAAAUUCAUAAACAAACAUUAUGAAAAUAAAAAAGUUAUUAAUUUUUUGCCCUGAUCCAAACCAGUGCUUGAGUUUUACAUACAGCCGACGACAAUGUUUUAGUUUGGCCGUGCGUGAAUAAAAGUAGGUACAUUCUUUGUUUAUGUGUAUACGGUAAAUACUAAAUAGUGUACUAACAGUUCUGGAAUGUAUGUUUUACGAAUAUAGUACCUACACUACUGUUUGAAAGCAAAUGAAUCAGGUAAUUUUUCAAAUAUUGCAUGAUUUUGUUUUGAUACCUAGGCCUACUCUAAUCACGUUUGAAUUUUGUUUACUUUAUCGGCCAUGUUUGUUCACAUUAUGAUUUUACAGUAUUUUCAUUAACGUGAGUGUUUUUCAUCACCACGUAAAUUAAUCUUAAUGGAAAUCUUUUUUCUAAUUAAUGUCUUUAUAUGAUUUCCAUAUGUUAUUACGUUAUUAGUAAUAACUUAUGCAAAUCUUAUAAAACCAUUACAUUUUUAUUAAAUUACGAGUUAUUUUUCAACUAGAAAAAACGAACUUCGGUAAGCUAUUGAACUUUAGUUUGGCUCGAAAUAUUUAGCUAAAAACGAACUUCGACAGAUGAAAUUCUUACCGAAAUCGAAAAUGAAAGUAGCAAAAUUUCGGUUUCGGUAUACCAAACAUUCACACAACUCUAAUAAUUAAUAAUAAAUAUCUAAUAGUAAAUAUUUUUAACGUAACUGUUCAUGUAAUGUUCAUAAUUAAUAAUAAACCAUUAACAUUUUGAACUAACCUGUAUUUAUACAGUUAUGGGUGAAAAUUAGUUUUUUAUAAUUUUAUGUAACUAUUUUUAUAAUCUUCUUAGUAAAUGUGCAAGGUGUUUAUUUAAAUGCAUUUAUGUGAAUCCUAGUUUUCCAAUUCAUACUAUGAUGAUUUUAAUAAGAGCAAUUAGAAGGAAAAAAAAGGUUUUUGCACAAUCACAUUUUUGUACUUUUUAAAUAUUUUUUCCCCUUCAUUUAUGUAGAUAUUGGCUGUAUCCGAAUACUGGCCUAAUGGAUCCCUUAGCUAAGGGAUCCACUAAAAGUGCAUCGUAGUGGACGCGGCCAUCUUUGUGUUGAAUCCGAAUUCUCGCAAGGGAUGCCGAUGCAUCCCUUCACGCAUCCACUAAUUCGAGAUUUCUAGGGAUGCGACACUCGCAUCCACUAACGCGUCCCUACAUCCAUUAGCUUCGGAAUCGGGUUUUAUUUUGUUUGUGUAUAAUAUUACUUCAGAUUUUCAGCAUAAGAUUUGUUUAAAUUAUUAUAAGCGAAAGUGAUAACUUAAACAGAGACAAAUGAAGACGUUAAUAAAUAUCAUAAAAAUACGAAUUUAAACUUACAGUAUAAUUCAAAACUCAUAAGUAUUUUUAAAGUUUACAAUUUAUAAAAUGUAUUUUAAUUGGAUCGCUAACAUGUAUAACAUACACGUUACAUUAUUUUUUAAUUGGUAAGUAUUUAUUAUUUACGUUUUGCUGAAUAUUCGUAGAUAUCCCUACACAAAAUGGCUGCGUAAACAUUAGUACGACUGACAGUCAACAGGUGGUGCUAGCAGUAAAAGUAUUCGGAUACUAUCCAUCCAUUAGAAAUGCGUCCUCUACAUUGUGGCUGCAUUUGCUAAGGGAUGUAGGGAUGUGUGUGCUAAGGACGCAUCCCUAUGUAUUCGGAUACAGCCAAUGUCAUUUAAUUCUCUGCAGCAUGUGGUAAAUUAUGUUUGCCUGGUACCUUGGAAAGUGCAAAAUGUAUGUGUGCAGUAAGUGACGGUAUGUAAACAUAUUUUGUUGUAAGUCUAUAGAGAAUAAAUUUUAAAUCCUUGUAAACCUUCAAUGCAAAAAUUGUGUAAGAGUUGCUCAUGUAGCCUAUUGUUAGAGAGGGUGAAAAAUAGCAUUUAUUCUGGUCAUUUAUAGCAUUUAAAUAUUUACUUGUAGCAUUUUUAUAGCAUUUAUUACCAAUAUUAUUGAAUUUUAUAAGUGCUUCACCAACCACAGGGAUAUAAUUUUUUCUCGGUGUAGAUGCUUGGGGUAUGUCCCCAGAACCAGGAAUGUACUUACAGCUGGAUCAUCAAUUUUUCUAAGAGGGAUAUUAGCUUUGAGAAACAUUUUCACAGUCUCUUCAAUAAAUUCCUCUCUCUCAAUUUUUGUUUUUUUUUUGUUAUGCAGUAUGGUUGUUAAUGUUGCAAAAAUCUGCACAAACUACAUUUUGUUGACAAACAGCGUAAAAACCAACGGUAAAAACAAAGCAAAGGUGUACUGCACCGCAUAGAUAAGCUGCACCGUAUGUGUACUGUAGCAAAUGGCGCUACGGAAAUACAUCGAUAAUCCUCAAUCGAUAUAUCGAACGACGUAGUACCGUUGCCUACAAGAUUCAACGACACUACUCGUACGCAGUAACUUCGAUAAUUUCAUAGAGAGAAUAUAGCGCGGCCAUAUUUUAUUUCUCUCCUAUUGUUUGUAAAGUUGUUGACAAUGCCGAAAAAAGUGUUGGCAGCAAUUCUUUGGCAACAUGGUGGCGUGGUUUGUUUCUAGAGUAAAUAUUAGGGUUUGAUUACAUCCCUCCCUCUCUUUUCUAUGAUUACAUCUACGUGAAAAAUUAACAUUUAAAAUGUCAAAUUUUCCAUGAAAAAUUAUUGUAAGAUGUAUUUGUUAUGUUAGUUUUGCCCGUCAAAGUGUUUACGAGACGUUUUUAGUGUCAAUUCGCAGGAAUAUAGGAUUUUCGCAUUUAAUCGCAAGUAAUUAACGAGUCGCAUUAAUUCACGGCUAUAUCAUUUUUACGAUUUUUCACCCUCUCUACCUAUUGUCCAUUAUGUUGUGUUGAAGUUAUGUUUGCAAAUCUCUUACAUGAAAAAAAAAAAUAAAGGAAUCUAACAUGGCAUAAUUGCAAAUAUGUGAACAUACUAUUGCAAUUUGACAACACACAGCACCGGAAUAUGAAGUGUAAUGUUUACAAGAAAUAUUGACAUUGUUUAUUAAUAAAAUUAUAAUGUUAACAGCCAGGCUUAGUGCUGUUAAAAUGAUACGACAUCCAUAAACAAAUAAAGAUAAAUUAUAAAAUUUAACAAAAGAGCUGCAGUAUUGUGCCUACAUCUUAACAGUCUUCGUAAGGUGCUUAAUAUAAAGUUUUAUUUUGUACUUUUGGCAGAGAAAUGAAAUAUAGUUUAGAAUUUAGCAGUAAUAUGUUUACAGUAAGGGUUCUAAUGGUAGAGGGCAGUGUUUUGUUGUUUGAGAAAAUGUUUAGGAACAAAAAAUCGUGUUUCAACAAAAGCUAGUAGGGGUCUUUGAGUAUUCUAAAAUAUUCUAUAUUUUAUAUUAAAUUUGAAAUUUGAUUUUAAUUAAAAAAAACUUUUUUUUGGUGAAUACAUAAUGCUAGUAUGUGUGUGACAAGUGCACCGUCCAAUACAGUAUAGCAUACAGCUGAGUGAAGCCGGCAGUAAGGUAUCCUGGCUUUCAUCAUCAUGCUUGUUAAAAGCUUCAAAACUGUAAUUUUUUUGUUGUUCAGGUGCUUACAAGUUGGUUCAUACCAUUUGCUUGUUCCUGCUUUGUUGUAUAUUUUGUUAAAUGUGUAAGAAACAGUGUUAUAGUUUAAUGUGUGUAUGGUCUAGAUUUCACUAGGCAGUGAAUCUGUUUAACGAUCUCAAGAGGCCUAAACUUUUGACACGGCUUUAAUACAUGUUUUAAAUUUCAUGCUCUAAAAAUGUUAAUAUGCUUAGAUGGGUUUCAAUUUGGUUUUAUCAGGUGAAUGUGUUUUUUACUGUAUAUGUGUGUGUGCUAAUGAGUGUGUAUGUACAUACACGUUUAUUUAUGCUCUCCAAUCCUAUCAGUGUAUGGCAUUGCACAGCCGAAGUGUAUGUCAUACGUUUAAUUGAUUCAGUUGCUUCUCACUGUUGAAUUUGUUUCGGAGACCAAACCACUUGAGGAUGCUACCUAUUUCAACUACCCUUACAGCUUAUCUUCACAAGAAAUAACACAAUACGUAGAAGAAAAGCAAUAUGCUUUUAAAUUUUUUCAACUGCUUGCUGCUUUAAAAGAAGCCUUGUAAAUUACUCGUAUUGAUGAAAAUGUACCAGAAAAACUAUUGUAAGUACUGUUUAAAUUUAAUAUGGUUUCAACAGCCAGACUUGCAGUAGUGCAUUUCAAAACUCUUGUAACGUCUUGCCUCUCGUAAUAGUAUAACGUACUCAUAUCAGCAAGGUCCCACUGAGUAGCGUUAGCAUGGCCAAGAGCACAAGCGGAUAGCUUGCACACAGCCGCAGACAGAACCCCACAUGCGGGCAGGCUAGUUGUCGCAAGUUGCACCAUGGUGCUUGCUAAAAAAUAUUUUUAGCUUGAUUUUUAAUACGUUGAAUGUUUCAUUAAAGAUGGAGCCAUCAUUCAAUUAGGAACACACAUGGUUGUUUCUGUGUCAGCUUUGUUUGAACCAGAAUAUCAUUUUAUUUUUUCACUACUGAAAUUUUAAAAGUUUUAAAAUGUUAAAAGUGUUUUUAAUCAUCAUCCAGUCGAGGUAAGCCGUAUGCAAGACAAGGAUAUUAAUUGAUUCUAAGAUUUGCUGUUUUAAAGAUAAAUGCCAAUAUUUGUGCAUUUUAUUGAAUAACUUGUAAGCCCCAGAAGCUGAGUGCUUGAUCAUUAUAGGCAGAAGUUUUCUUCUUCCUCUUGCAUUGUCCACUUCCAUCCUGCAUCAUUACCUUAGUUUUAAUAAAAUAAUGGCUAAACCUUUUAAAUUGUUAAAUUGAUUACAUAUCUGUAUCUCAAAGGUAUAAGAUACAAGGUCUAGGCUCCAUGAACUGAUAUAUAUUCACUUUGAUGAACAUACGUGGACAUACCAAGCAUAUUAAUGUGCCAAGUGAAACUUCAUGAUAGCAUAACUAUCUUGGAACCAUAAGAAAUAAUAGCAACCUAAAAAAUACUUGAGAAAAUUAGAACCACCACCUUGACUAUCGUUAGUUUCAUCAUGUCUCCAUAGUUGAGUGGUAAAGUGCAAGAUACUUUGGCGCAAACAUACAGGUACGGUACUAAGUUCAAAACCCCGGAAGAGGAGAAUUUUUUUGUAAAACAUAUUAUACCAGAACAUCUUGGAAUACCACCCUAAAUGCCUAUCAGUAUUUGUGGAAGUAGUGUAUGUUCUUGAAGGGGGAUUGUACCAACUGACCUUGUAACUCCUGCCUGUUGUUUGUCACCUCUGCCUCUUCAGAGCCACUUCCAUCAGGUGACGGUAUGUGUGAGCGUACAUGUGUUGAGAAUGGCUGAACCUUGCAUGAGGUGAAUGUUAACUUGUUAACAUGCUAUGUGCCUGCUACUCUUCGAACACUUAAGAUGGGACAGGCUGGCCUACACAAUGACAUGGUGCUGCCAUCUUGAAUCACAAUGUGUGUGAAUAACUGUGCUCUUAUUUGUGUGUAGUUUGAAACAUGCAUGAUGCACCUCAUUUUCAGAGCUCAAAAAGUUGUAAGAAACAAAUAUUAAAGUACUAUGGUCUCAUUUGUUAAAAAAAAAUUAUUCCUUUGCCAGAAAUCUAGAAAAUCUGAAAGGAAAUGGUAUCUAUGUAGUGUUAGUAGGUGAUUAUGUAUUUUAUUUUCAUUAAUGCCUUAUUUUUUUUGAGUAAUUAUUGAUACAAUUGUACAUAUUCUGUCAAGCUGAUACACAUCAGAUCUUAAUAUAACUUUUUGUUAAAGAUAAAUUACGUAGCAGUAAGUAUUCAGUUAAACAGGAUUUUAAGCCAAAAUAAUAUAAGUUGUUGCCCAUGUACGUGUUAUUACAGUUUCAUAUUUAAUUAAAGUGAAUUGCUUACUUUGUAUUUUUGUUAGUGGAGUGUGUAUGAUAGACUUUGUAUAUAAGAGUAAUGGGAGAACAAGUUAUUUUUGUUAUAAUUAAGAAAUGUGAUACAGUUGAAUGUUUUAGGUACUACAUAAUGGUUCGGUGCUGAAACUAUUGUUUUAAAAGUCCCCUUAGAUAAUAUUAGGUCAUCAAUAAUUUACAAUAAAAUUCUUUUUUUGGCA